AUGCUUGUUCUGGGUACCAACUAUGUGGUUGCGGCAUUAUUGGAGAACUUUCAGGUCAUGGAGCCUCCCAUCGUCCCCGACGGCCCAUCAUGCAACACGACCUUGCUCCAAUAUGAUUUUGCGACCUCAUACAACGCCCCAGCCAUCGUUUCGUAUUCUGCACCCACAAAAUGCGGCGAGCCAGGAUCAUGGGCUGCAGUUGUGUUGACCUGGUACUGCACCAGCACGGGGGUUCAAUUUGACCGAUUGGGCAGCUUGUAUAUCGAUGCGAUUGAAAUUUGGCGCACUUCGACGCCUGAACCGCUUGACAGUGGGAUCUUCUGGACUGCGACAAAAGACGUCACACAAUAUAUGCCCCUCCUAUCUCUUUCUAACGCCACUCUUAUGCUUGACCUCGGAAACGUCAUCUCCGGCGACUUCACAGCGUCCUUCAAUGUCACUCUCACCGCGACAUAUUACCAGCCUACCACCUCCUUCCCGAAACCUACUACGCCAGAUCAGAUCGUAGGAUUGUCGAGUGGGAACGAGACUUUGGCUGCAUAUUUUGAGACACCGCCUGUUGGUGUGACUGAGGUUGUGAUACCAGAGAAUACGGCCUCCGCGUUCGUGGAGAUAUACGCCAGUGGGAAUAGCGAUGAGGAGUUCUGGUACACAAAUAUAGUCGACGAAUACCUCGCUUACGCAGACCCGACGGGAAACGCGUCCACCAUCGAUAUCGGAGGUGGACCGUUUCGAGAGGUGCAGCUUUGGAUCGAUGAUAUGUUGGCGGGUGUCGUCUUUCCGUUUGCCGUGGUUUACACCGGAGGUUUUAUCGUGAGCUGGUGGAGGCCCAUGGUCGCGUACGGCGCAUUCUCAUCCCCAACCUACCACCUCGACAUCACACCCUUCCUUCCCUUGCUCACCGACUCACUUCCGCACAACUUCUCACUGACCGUAUCUUCCGGUCUGCCCGAUACUCCAGUCAACUCUAACUGGUAUCUCUCUGGAAACAUCGCGCUGGUCCUGGACCUAUCUGGGGAAAAGACCACGGGGAGCAUCGCGCAUUAUGAGUCGACGCCAUGGGUUGACGUGAAGGGCAGAGCGGCGAAGGAUAAUGAGACGGUGGAGGUUUGGGUUGAGGCGGGGAGGAAGCAUAGGGUCGAGGGGGUGGUGAAUACUGGGAGCGGAGGGAAUAAGAGUGUGGUUUUUCAGCAGAGCUUGGAGUAUGGGAAUUACAUGAAGUUUUUCGAUGGCGGGUUUACCCAGACCGUCAGCCAGUCGACUUUUGGCACCACUACGUCUUCUCACUCGGGAUCGACCGUCCUCUCAGAAACAUACAGCUUCCCCAUCACGCUCUUUUCCAACCAAACCACCUCUUCGAACUACCUCUCCGGCAACCUCUCGCACGGCUACACUCGUUCUCUGCUCUCACCCGUAAGCGGUAUAUCGACCUUCAUAGAUACGAAUCAGUUCUCAAAUGGAAGCGUGAAGCUGAAUAGGUCGAGCGAGCUCACGACGGGAGGCGUUGGGACGGAAGUGAGCGGUGUGGCGUUGACGGAGGAGAAGUUUGAGUUUGGGGAUUCAAGGGGGUGGGCGUAUGGGAGGAAUGUUGGUGUUUUUAAUUUAACGCUUCUCUGGGAUGAGACGAGUGGGAACUUAGCCUUGUGA